AGCUUCGGCGGCUCAGGUGGAGCCCGCCCGGGCGGUGCGCGCCCGCUCUCUCUCGCGCGCGCGCGCGCCCGCGCCCUCCACGGCGCGGGGAGCGCUUCGGGGCGCAGCCGUAGGCAGCUUCUUUGGGGCCGCAGGCGGCGGGGGCCGAUGGCCACGCUGCUGGCGGAGUUCGACACCGCGCACUGCGGGCCGGUCGCGGACGCCCAGCUGGACAGCUAUGGGCAGUGCCUGGCCACAGCCUCGGCCGACGGGUGCGUGCGCCUGUGGGACGUGCGCGAGCCCUCGGACCCGCGCUUCCUGGCCGACCUGGGCGGGCACGCCGGCGCCGUCCACCAGGUGUGCUGGGCGCCGGUGGAGGUCGGGGUGCUGCUGGCGUCCGCGUGCAGCGACGGGUGCGUGGUGAUCUGGGGGCGCGGAGCGCACCCGGGUGAGUGGCAGGUGGUGAGGCGCGAGGACCUCUCCAAGCACGGCGCGGUGCAGGCGCUCUCCUGGGCGGCGGCGGAGCACGGAGCCGUCCUCGCCUGCGCCUGCGCCGACGGCUACGUGGCAGUUCUGGCACACGACGGCGUGUUCUGCUCGGGGGCCGAGGCAGAGCACCUCUGGAUCUUCUGCGGGGGUGAGGCCUUCCAGGCGCACCCGUGCGGCGACGCCGUCGCCGUCUCGUGGGCCUCGCCGCCGACGGUGGACCGCGGGCCCUCGAGCCCGGGCCUGGGCGGCCUGAAGGGGGCGCGCUUCGCCACCGCCGGAGGCGACGGCGUCAAGGUGUGGAGGUGGGAUGAUGCCGCGAGCUGCUGGGCUGCCGAGAGCGCGGACGUCCCUGCCGACCUGGCGGCGCCCACGCGGGACGUUGCGUGGAGGGCGUGGGACGGCAUCCGGGAGAUGCUCGCGUCAGUGCACGGCCAGACGGUCGUCGUGUGGACCGGCCGGGACGCUGGCAAGGCCGGCCUAGAGCAGUGGCGCGUGGAGACGCGGGUGGCCAUAGAGUCCGAGGUGUGGAAAGUCGAGUGGGCCGACACGGGCAACGUCCUGCUUGUGUCCUGCGGCUUGGACGGGCAGGAGCUCGUGGUCAGGGGCCCAGUAACCGCGCUCUUGCUUACCUCCCCUCUCUGCCCCUGCGGACGGGGGUAGGGGAUGACCCUCCCGCCCUCCGCCCUCAUCCCCCUCCUCCCCUCUCCUCUCCUCCCCUCUCCUCUCCUCCCCCGCCCCUCCUCCACCCUCUCGGGGCAGUGCGGCCGCGGCCGCGAGGUCGUGAAGCAGCAGCUCAGGCGCGGCAGGUGGGACGUCAUGAAGGUCGGCGUCAAGGGCGCCUGAACUGCCCGCCGCUCCCUCUGAACCCACGUCCCCACGUCGCUCCGGCCCCCUCGCUUGUGUCCUCCUCGACCUCCCCCCCCCUCUCCUCCCCGCCCGUUCGACGACCCGACGGCCUCAUCCUUCUGUCGCGGCCGCGGCCCUCAGAGCAGCCACUGGGCGCGAACG